CUUCGUUUUCAUUGUAAACGUAUAAAAAAGUUGCAUUGAUGAAUUUGUUUUGAUGUUUUCUAGCUCCAAAUGAAUGUGAGUUGUACAGCCCAUGUCAUGCAAACGCAACCUGCAUGGAUACUGAAAUGUCUUUCGAUUGUAAAUGUAUUGACGGACAUACUGGAGAUGGAAUCUCAUGUGUUGGUCAGUAUUUUAUAACAUAUUUGAUACUUUAUAUAAACAUUACGUAUUAAUAUGUGUUAGAUACCUUAUAGCAAGGUCUAUUAUAUACGCGAGGGAUUUACAAUGUGACGUUCUGGCAGCCAUGUAGGGUUAGGGGUUAGGGAAUAAAGCCCGUACUCUAAAAGCUCGCUCGCACUCAACGAGUGGAGGUUCAAUGAGUGUCAAUGCUGUUUUUGAAUAGCUGGAGGGUGAGUAGUCACAUAGUAAGGUAUGACACUAGCCCUCCAGCUAUUCAAAAACAGCACUGACACUCGAGAGAAGCUCCUUGUCGAGCAACUGUUCAAUUGAAAUACCUAUUGUUCCAACAUAAUGGAAUUUCCAUCCAUAUUUAUGCGACCAGGACUCAUUCACAACACGUUCAAGUUAAUUUAUUACUUGAACUUCAGAAGUACUAGUCUUAAUAGACUUCACAUGCACAAAUUUGACGAAAGUAUCUCUCUUUUGUUCAUUCGCAAUUUGCCAAACCAAACAAAUGAUUUAUUACUCUAAUCAUUUCGAAUUCGAAUUCUAAACGUCAUUUUCGAUAUCUACCGUCGAAGUGGAAAACGGUCUUAAGCACUAUAUAUAUAUAUAUAUAUAUAUAUAUAUAUAUAUAUAUAUAUAUAUAUAUAUAUAUAUAUAUAUAUAUAUAUAUAUAUAUAUAGAAAACAACGCAUGCAUGCAUUUUUGUCUGUGUUGGUGUUAUAUGUACUCAGGUGAAUAUGUUUGUGCAUGAUGUUACUGAUGUUCCCACCACGUCUAGGCAUAUUUUUCAAGCUUGCCCGCUGUGGAUAUAUACACUCAGAGUAGCAUCACAAACAAGAACGCAUUGUUUGAACUGACAGAAUGUUAUAUACUACAUUUGCAAUAAAGAAAAUGGAUUCAAAUGCUAUGUAUUGAUUCAUGUGUAAUACAUUUAUAGAUCUUGACGAGUGUAUUGGUUCUAAUCCAUGUAGAGAUAAUUCUACAUGUAUUAAUACAGAGCCUGGCUAUCAAUGUCGUUGUGCAGCUGGAAAAGAAUAUGAUUAUCAAAACAACGUAUGCCUAGGUAAGAUGACAAUAAAACAAUUAGGUUUAUGUACUAUAUAAAGCAGGAUAGGACUACUUUAUCAGAUUUAAAAUACGAGGUAACUGUCGGGUGUUGUCGAUUUUCUAUAAAACACAGAAUGCACCAGAGUGCUUUAAAUAUAGCUUAAAAACGACCUAUCUUAUGAGUACAUUGACCAAGUCAUUUUGAAAUUUGAAAAUCAACGAUGGCGAUUAAGUAAAAGUGAAAAGUAAGUAAAAGUUUUUAUUUUAACUUCGUUUUUACUGAGUGUGCCUGGCUCAAAACAAAGAUGGAUGUGACUUAGAUUUCAAAUUUUGUGACUUUAAAUUUGUGGUGCUCAAUAAUAAUUUAAAUCGUUAUGCUUUGUCAGACAUCGAUGAAUGUGCUCGGAACUUAUUUUUUUGCCAUGUUUCUGCUGGAUGUGAAACACGUGGCUCAUACAACUGUACGUGUAAUAACGGAUACAGCGGAGAUGGUAUAACCUGUGAUGGUAAGUUGAAAUAAAUUGAUUAUAUAUUCAACAAUUUACUAAGUGUUAACGUGCGAUCACUCGAUGAACGAAUAGCAAGAACAUAUAAUGUAAUAGUACACCAAGCACGACAGAUCUUAGUAAGCAAGACAGUUCUUUGGAGGGUAUAGCUCUGUUGGAGAGGAUGCAUGCCACGUUUAGAAGGCUGUAACCACGAACUCAGUCAAUUAGGCUGUCGAGUAGGUACUCAAGCUACCGACCAACGACUAUCCCGGCUUGGCAAAUCCCAAAGAUGCCGAAAAAUCACCUCUCCAAAGACAGAACUAUUGUCACACAAAGUGGAAUCCGGAAUACAAAAACACACACAUAAAAACACACACUCAAAGACUUACCCAAUGGACAGAAUAUACAAGACCAAACAAAAAUAAUACUCGCUGACAAGGCUAAAGAACAAUACCAGACUGUAGCUGAAAAGAAUGAAAAGCUCAGCGUACGCGACUACAAAAAAAGCAGGGUAGUGUUAAAACCAAUUUGAGCAACAAUAGGAAUAAUCAUCCAGAAUAGCUGGAGGUAUGCCCGCGAGCGGACGCGGCAGGUAAACACAACGAAAAAAUAUCAAACAAGACAACAAUUGGCGUAAACGACAGUGCACUCCCUCACGUGACGUAACAACAACAAAAAAUAUCGAUAACACUACGAUAACAAAUAAGGCGACGGCACACAAUAAACUACCGAGGGAUGCGUCUGGAUUGUCGGCCAAAAACAGCAAUACAUGCAUGACAAUACACCAAAUAACGAUACAGGCACCUCUGGUCAGCAGCGACCAGGAAACGCUGAUGCAACCCACGCGUCUGGAUUGUCGACCAAAAACAACAAUACAUGACAAUACACCAAAUAACGAAACAGGCACCUCUGGUCAGCAGCGACCAGGAAACGCUGAUGCAACCCACACCUCCGCAGGUUUGCAAAAACUGAAAGCAGAGCAAGUAAGCAGCCCAUCCCCCCCCCCCCCCCCAAAGAAAAAACAAGUGCGGACAAAGGGGAUUGGGUGGGUGGGCACGUUGCGAACGUGAAAGUCGGCAAGCAAUGAGCUAUACCUGUGAGCUCCCCGGCUUAAAUAAACUUGGUAAGCCUGCAAUAACUAAUAUGAAUAUAUAAUUAAUAUCUAUGCAUAAACAACACGCACACAUUCGUUCUCGAAGUUAAUUAUUUUUAUUGCAUAAAAUCAUAUAUCCACGUUAAGACAAACCGUAUGAGCGAUCCUAAAUCUUAUACGUAUAAUGAAACUUUUAUUGAUCCAAAUAAAAAUGGUUGAUGUGAAAAGCACUUACCGGAGGUGGUACGGUAUUAAACCGCCCUGUAAGUAAAGUUUGUGGUUUUUCUUCUGUACUUCGAGUGUUUUUCUCUUUAGUGGUUUUCCUCCUUCACCAAAAGCUAACCCUAAUUACGCCUUUAUUUUUACGCAACUUUAUCACGAUGCUGAGGUGACAACCAAACCCUAUGUAAUUGACAUCAAACAAAUAAACACUUAAUAUAAACCCAAAUAUUAUGUUUACAAUAGUUUUAAGAUACGAUUUCUUAUUAGACAUUGAUGAAUGCUCGACUGCACCUGAGAAAUGUGACCGAAAUGCAGACUGCAACAAUACUGUCGGAUCCUUUACUUGUACAUGUCGUGACGGUUACUCUGGUGAUGGCAUUGUCAACUGUCGUGGUAAGUAUUUUGCUAUAUUAUAUUCAACUAUCAGGGAGGUAUGCUAGCUCUUUCAACAUUUACCACAGCAAUGCCAACCAGUCACAAUUAUCCAACCAUAGGAAUGUCCUAUUUUCUGUCCAUUGUUUUGAAAAUAUCAAUGUUUUGUGUACCAUCCAGUCACUCAUUGUUUUUACAUUCUUAAUUAUGACGUGAUGCGAAAAACUGUUGAAGAUGCUGUAAAAUCCGUUCUGCGCAGGCCUACAUUCCAAUGGUCGGGACCCGACCAUUGGAAUGUUAUUAAUAUUUCGCACCUUCCGAACAUUCUUGAAUUGAAUCUGUAGUCUGUAUUCAUUUACAAGCAUAGCGAAAUAGAAGAGUGUUAAAAAUUCAGUAUACUAUAUAUCUAAUCAUAUUUUACAACUGUAGCACUGAGUUCAAAAUGUAAACAAAGCGUUUGUUUACAUUACGGACUUUACAGUAUCUUUAAGCUUAAGGUGCAAACGAGAGUUGACUUGUAACUCUACCUCACGUCUGAUCACCAACUCUCUGGUUUUUGCUGCGCGUGGUAAUUUAUCCAAUCAACUCAAUCUCUUCAACUCUCGUGCAGUUCUUCAUGUCGUUUGACCGGGACAUGAGUGUAGAGAAAACUUUCAUACAAAACGCCUCGCUUGCCAACUCUCGUCCUAGUUUGCCGGGGUCUUAAGGCCCUGUCACACUAUUGCGUAUCGUACUAGCGUAUGCCAGCGUAUGAAAAAUAUCACUCAUACUGUACGCCGGUAUACGCUGACAUACGCUAGGGGUACGUUAAGCAUAGGUUGUAUACGUUUCAAGCACGGUCGCAUACGGUGGCAUACGCUGGCAUACGGCGAGGUAGAAAAAUUUUUUUAAGCAUGUUCAAAAAUUUUGUGCGUAUCGGACGUAUGCUUUAUACGAUAAGCAUACUCUAGGCACACGCUGAAUACGCUAGAGGUACGCCAGAUGUACGGUACUCAUACGCUGGCAUUUCAAAGGAUUUUUGUGCGUAUGGAAAUUAUUUCAUUAAUUUUCAUACGCUUCUCAUAUGUUUCUCUCAUACGCAAUUGUGUGACAAGGCCUUAACAUUCGAUAUAUAUGGAAAUGUAUAUAUAAGCAAAGAGCUGAUGUGAAAAAGAUCGGUGGAUUAUUGGUGGUUGUGUUCUAGCAAUAAUAUAGAGAAUAAUACAUGGGUGCUUGGAAAUACCAGAUUUAUUUCGAGUGUUGAAAGUAUGUUGAACAAUUGUAUUGUUUUGUGUAUAAGAAAUGUUAGAGUAAUAAUGUAAAUAACGUCCAUGUUUUCUUUACAGAUGUGAACGAAUGCGCAGGAAACCCUUGCACAACUGGAAUGAAGUGUACCAACACACUGGGAUCCUAUAUCUGUUAUCAAUGUAUUGCAAAUACUAACCUUGUGAAUGGAGACUGCAUUGGUAAGAAAAAACAACAUAUUUCCUAUUUUAAAGAUUGUUUAUGCUGAACUCCAUGCAUGUUAUACCAAGUUAAACGAAGUGACCUAUAGUAGGUCAGAUUCACUGAUUCUCGUGUGUAUAUGAGGACCUGAAUCUAAGCCGUGUUCGUGUGAGCGUAACAUUAUGGAAGAUUUCUCAUAGCUGUUUAGGGCAAUGAAGUUUUCCACUUCCACUAUAUUUCAAUUCAAUUGAAUCGCGAAUAACUUCUAUCCUUUAGACGUGAAUGAAUGUGAUGGUAACCACAGCUGUCCAAUGGGAUCAGUAUGCAGUAAUAGAUACGGAUCGUUUAGAUGUAACUGCCCGGCUAAGCAAGCUGUAUACCUCGGCAUGUGUGUUGGUAAGUGAUUCAGUGUUAUCCUCCUGGUUCUCUUUUUUUUUACAUGUCUAAAUAUUUUCUCGGACACAAGCUUGAAGAUUUUAACUUUUGUUUUUUCACUUUGUUUUGUUGGGGGGUUUUCUCAUUGAAAAACAAACUACAUCAAUCGAUGAUAACAAUAUUUAUUUGAUGAUCACAAUAUUGAUUUUUAAUUAAAGUGCCUUAACCAAAACCAAAUUGAGUGAGCAAAUAUUAAUAUGUUCAGUUCAAAGAGACUGUAGCCCCCCUCUGUUAUUCGCCUUUUUCAACUUUAUCUGCCUGUCAAUCUAUCUAUCUACACAUGUUCGUUUAAUUUAUAUCCAUUUAUCGAUCUACCGUGUUUAAAUAUAGAGAUUUUAAUCAAUUAAUUCCAUCUAUUGAAGUGUAUAGAUGAUAUGGAAUAACGAGAAUUUCCUGCUGUUUUUCCUAGAUGUUUUGAUUUACAACGUUGAGCUCGACACUGAUGAAACAUACUUUUGGAUGUUUCUGAGCACUUCAAAUUU